GCACGUAUGUAUCAGUCCUUUCUAUGUUGUAGUUAUACUAUUUGCUUGCUUGUAUAUCCUGCCAUAAAGUUGCACUGAAUUUUGCCACUUACUCAAUGCAUGAUGUCACUCCGAAUUAAAUUUGUACGUUGCUGUUUCGCUUUAAAUAUGGAAUCAUGCCAAUUUCUCGUCAGUCCUAAAUCUACGCUUCGUGGAAUAACAACUUAAUUUUGCUCCUUUGUGGAGAUGGGGAAUAGUCUGGAGAGGAAUUAAACAAACGAAACCUCUGGAAAAAGAUAACAUCACAACGUUUAAAAACGUCAUAGCACAGCGACCGUGUAAACUAGAUACGACACCAAUUUGAACUAAUGAAUCCCUCUCAUCAGUUUGAAAACGGUGGUGGUGAUUUCAAUUCUCGUACGUUCUCCUCGUUCGAGAACGACGAGAUUGACUUCACGUCUCCGGUCGCUGCUGGUGCUGUCGAGCUGACGCCGGAUCAAGAUAAUGGCGUUGACGACGAGUCAACCUUGACCUUUUUGGCUUGGUUAGACGAAAAUUUGAUAGCCAUGGAUACGGACGACCCGGACGUCACCAUUUCAUUUUCAGGUUUGAUAAACGAUGCAGAAUUGUUACAACUUGAUAAGCCAACGUCACAAACUGAGUCAUCAUCAUCAGAACCAGAUAACUCGCUCUAUGAGGUCUUAUCUUCUAUUACGUCAUCACCAAUCGAUAACGAGCCAGCAACCCAACAGUUGGCCGACACCUUAUCGCCACCACCUCAAAAAAGAGGGCGGGGCCGACCACCAAACCCGAAAAAACCCGCCACAAAAACUACUCGCCGAGUAAAGAAAUGGGAAUUGGAACCCACCACAAAAGACAUCCGAGAUGCGAUCACGGCGAAAAAGAAUCGCGUCGCGGAAAAGCAACGCCGUGAAAAACUUAUUUCUGAGAACGUUGCAAAAAACGAAAAAAUUUCUCAAUUGGAAAAAAUCAUUGAAGACAAAAAUUUGGAAAUUAUAGAUUACAAGGAAAAAUUGGAAAGUAUGCAGCAAAUUUUGGCAAACUGGCAAAAUCAGAUGAUAAUUGGGGACGAACAUUUGGCGUGGAUCAACUCGAGGCGACAAUUUUUGAAAUGAUGUGAUAAAUAUCGACUAAAAAAUUUAAUAUUAAUUUAAUUUUAGGAAACUUAUUAUGAAAAAUAUCUUUAGUUUCUUGUGUAAUCAUUAAUUUUUGAAGGUCGGCCGUAUACAGAUUGGAAUUCGAUCUACGGAGGAGAACGUGCGACGUUUGCCACGCCAAAUUUUGAUGCCCUUCGGAUGCGUUGUCGGACUUAAGCAGGACAGCAAAAGGGAAGGAGGGUUCGACUUCAUGGGAAAAUUUGGGCCCGCCACACCCAUUUAAAUGGGGGACUAAACGCUAAACAGGAGGCAUUCCUGAAUUCAAUUUUGCUCGGAUUUCAACCAUAUUUUUUAAGAGUUACUCUGCUCGAUGCAAUACAAAACUGUAGAUUUUUAGAGUUUUUAAACUUUUGUCUGCUAUUGAAAACUGCGAAAAAGUAGAGUUUAGCAUUGGAUAGAGGAGAGGAAAUUUCUUGAAGAAAGGAAUCCGAGCAAAGAUUAAAUUUUUGUUGAACUUAAAAUGUCACCAGUUUAGCGUUUGGCGUCCAUUUCGGCGGGUUUGGCGGGCCCAAAUGGACCCAUGAAGUUGAACCCUCCUUCCCUUUUCCUGUCCUGCUUAAGUCUUACAACGCAUCCGAAGGGCAUCAAAAUCUGGCGUGGCAAACGUCGCACGUUCUCCUCCUAAAAAUGGACUCGAUCGAAUUCCGCUUCGUAUGCUGCCGAUCGUCCAAAAUUUGUGAUUAUGCUUUAUUUUUAAAAAUACCGCCGGGAAUCGUAUUUAUUUUUAAAAAAUAAGCACAAAUUAUAAUUAGAAAUUCUCGGCGGGAAAUAUUAGAAAUUCUUCCGGAAACACCGUAAUACCGACAGUUUGUGAUUUCCGAAAUUAUAUCACACUUCCAUGUCGAUUAAAAUAAUUGGACGGAUCCAGAAUUAAGACACGUUUUAAAAAUUGAUUUCGAAUUUUUCGAAAUUUUUUGAACUUAGAAUUAUAAAAAAGGUACUUAGGAGGGAUUUUUUAAAAGUUUUGAUUUUGAAGAUUUCAGUAACUUUCAAAUUCUAUAAUUUCUUUAAUUUUACUUUUUUGAAAUUCUAAGUUCGAAAAAUUUCGAAAAAUUCGAAAUCAAUUUUAAAAACGUGUCUCAAUCCUUGAUCCGUCCAAUUAUUUUUGUCGACAUGGAAGUGUGAUAUAAUUUCGGAAAACGCAAACUGUCAAUUAUUGUACUUGGAGGAAUUUAAGUUUGCCGUUUUUGCUCCCCAAUCCACCCCCAUCAUUGGUGCUGGAUUGCGCGGCAAAAACGUCAAAUUUAAAUUCGUCCAAGUACAAUAGCUUAAAAUAUUACGAACAUGUUUCCGACAA